AUGCCCCCCUUCCUCUACCUCAAGCGAAGUCGACGCCUUUUCAGGGCUGCACCCCCGACGGAGUCUGUCAUUCCCACAACAGACAGCGCAGCAUACGAAAUUUUCCCUGAUUUCCGCUGGGUGUAUAACAAGCUUACCAUCGCGGAACUACAGGGCAUCGCCAGUGGCCCUCACGGCACGCAACCGCCAUUGAAUCUGUACCCUAUCUUUAGUAAACCAAUCUACAACCUGGGCGGCAUGUCAGCUAAUGCGCGUCAUAUUGCUACACCGAUGGACUACUUGCAUUCUCUGACCCCAGGCCAUAUGUGGUCUGCUUGCCUGCAAGGAGAGCACUACAGCACGGACAUCGCUGUGGUACAGGGCCAGGCCAUCUGGCUAAGCCAUACCCGUGGGUUGCCUGGCCCAAAAUUGACCUGGGAUUACUGGGAAGUGAAUGUGUCAGCCCCAGCAGAUCUGAAUCAGGCUAUUACAAAUUUUAUCGAGACAUAUUUGAAAACUUACACGGGAAUGCUGAACAUCGAAACUAUCGGAAACAAGAUAAUUGAGGUCCAUCUACGGUUUUCCCCUCAAUGGCCAGACCUGUAUGGCGAGCGGUUUCUUUCAUCGCUUGUCGCUCUGUAUAGCGCCGGUGAAUGGAUGGGUUAG